AAAAAAAACCCAACAGCUGAAGUCUCUGAGCUGUUUACUGUCCCGUUCAGUGCUGGAAACUGUGGCUAGAUCUGUGACUGACAGCUGGAGUGCUGGGGUCCUGGUGGUGGGAGCUGUUCCAGUGGCAGCUCUGGCAGUGCUGGGCACUGGGGCUCAGUCAGGGGCUGCAGCUGCUUUGCAGUGACCUGCCUGGGGCUGCCCAGCCUGUCAGCACUUCUGCAGAGCUGCUUUAGGGGUGCCCACAGCAAGAGCCUGGGGAGAGGGAGCAGAGGAGCACAAAGGUUGCCCGCCAGCACUUCCCCUAAUGAGCCACUUUUGCAGAGUCCUCUGGAGGGCAAAUCCUCGUUCAGAUCUGCAGAGGCUGCUAGGGCAGACGACCUGAAUGUGAGCAGGGAGUAGGGGAAGGCACGUAAACUCCUGCCAAGCUGCUGUAUCUCUUUUGACUUUGAAUCUAAACAAGAAGCAGUGACAGCAGGAACAGGAAAAGCAGAGUUUGACUGAGAACACAGGGAGCUGUGCAAGUGCUGAGGGAACGCUAUGGAUUCCUUGCUGGAGUGUGGGGCUCUCUGGGAUCUUGUGCUGGAUCAAGAACUGCCACGUCUGCUGUGGGACCUGGAGGGGCUUGUUGACUUAUCCCAAGAAAAUGUCAGCCGUGGAUCAGAUGAAAUUCCAGCUGUGUUGAGUCCAACGUACAAACAACGGAACGAGGAUUUCAGGAAACUCUUCAAACAGCUGCCGGACACGGAGCGUCUCAUCGUAGAUUACUCGUGUGCGCUACAGAGGGACAUUCUCCUGCAGGGCCGCCUCUACCUCUCUGAAAACUGGAUCUGCUUCUACAGCAACAUCUUCCGUUGGGAGACACUGCUGACAGUUCGCUUGAAGGAUAUCUGCUCCAUGACCAAGGAAAAAACAGCACGGCUCAUUCCUAAUGCCAUCCAAGUUUGCACUGACACUGAAAAGCACUUUUUUACUUCCUUUGGCGCUCGAGACAGGACGUACAUGAUGAUGUUCAGACUCUGGCAGAAUGCUCUCCUUGAUAAGCCUCUCUGUCCAAAGGAGCUCUGGCACUUUGUCCACCAGUGUUAUGGGAACGAGCUGGGUCUGACCAGUGAUGAUGAAGACUACGUGCCUCCUGAUGAUGACUUCAACACAAUGGGCUACUGUGAAGAAAUCCCUGUGGAAGAGAAUGAAGUCAACGACAGCUCCUCAAAAAGCAGCAUGGAGGCCAAGCCAGAAGCUAGUCCUCAGCUGCCCAAGAAAUCUGUCACUGCCAGCACCUUGACAUCCACGGGGAGCAGUGAAGCACCAGCCUCGUUUGAUGGAGUGCUACCAGAAGAGGAGGAGGCAGUGGCAGAGAGUCCUGUGGAAAAAGACCUUGGCAUUGCAAAUAUCAUGGGAGAGAAGAUAGAGAUCAUUGGCCCCGUGAACUCCCCUUCCCUCGACUUCAAUGACAACGAAGACAUUCCCACUGAGCUCAGUGACUCCUCAGAGACCCAUGAUGAAGGGGAAGUCCAAGCCUUUUACGAGGACCUGAACGGCCGUCAGUACGUGAACGAAGUGUUCAACUUCAGCGUGGACAAACUCUACGACCUGCUCUUCACAGACUCCCAGUUCCAGAGGGACUUCAUGGAACAGCGCCGGUUCUCUGAUAUUAUCUUUCAUCCCUGGAAGAAGGAAGAAAAUGGCAAUCAGACCAGAGUUAUCUUGUAUACCAUUACCCUCACCAACCCUCUGGCCCCCAAAACUGCCACUGUCACAGAGACACAGACAAUGUACAAAGCCAGCCAAGAAAGCGAGUGCUAUGUGAUAGAUGCAGAGGUGCUAACUCACGACGUCCCCUACCAUGAUUAUUUCUACACCAUUAACCGCUACACGUUGACUCGUGUUGCCAGAAACAAAAGCCGACUCAGGGUUUCCACGGAGUUACGUUACAGGAAACAGCCUUGGGGACUGGUGAAAUCCUUCAUUGAGAAGAAUUUCUGGAGUGGCCUAGAAGAUUAUUUCCGUCAUCUGGAGAGUGAACUGACCAAAACUGAGAGCACGUACCUGGCUGAGGUCCACAGACAAUCCCCGAAAGAGAAGGUGAGCAAACAAUCCACCGUGCGCCGGAGGAAACGGGCCCAUGCCCACCUGCGGGUGCCACACCUGGAGGAGGUGCUGAGCCCUGUCACCACCCCCACAGAUGAGGAGGUUGCACAUCGAAUCAAGCAUGUGGCAGGUUCCACUCAGACAAGGCACAUCCCUGAGGAGAGCCCCAGUGGCUUCCACCUGCAGAGUGUCUCCAAGCUGCUCCUGGUCAUCAGUUUUGUUCUGGUGCUGCUGGUCAUUCUCAAUAUGAUGCUGUUCUACAAGCUCUGGAUGUUGGAAUACACUACGCAGACACUCACGGCAUGGCAGGGCCUGCGGCUACAGGAGAGGUUACCCCAGUCUCAGACAGAAUGGGCCCAGUUACUAGAAUCACAGCAGAAGUACCAUGACUCCGAGCUACAAAAAUGGCGCGAGAUCAUCAAAUCCUCCGUGAUGCUUCUAGACCAGAUGAAGGAUUCACUAAUAAAUCUUCAGAAUGGCAUCGGGUCCCGGGACUUCGGGUCAGAUCCAGAGGAGAAACGGAAACGUUUCCACUGACAGGCAGGAAUGCAGGAGGCCAGAGGACGGUGUGCAAUAUGUGUAAAUAGGAUAUAUAAAUAUAUAUAUAAAAUAUAUAUAUAUACAGAAUAUAAAUAUAUAUAUUAUAUACAGAUUUUAAGAGAAAAAAAAAAAAAAAAGCCUAUGUAUCAAGAGGAAGGAUUGACCUCCAACACUGGCUGAAAUGGAGGGUUCUCAGUGGCAGCGUGGGGUGUGUGUGUGUGGGAGGGCUGUGCUCUCCUGGCACUGAGGUGCACUGAAGGGGGUGCUGAGGUCUGCUCCCCCAGCCCGUGCACCGCUUCUGUACUAUUCCUGGCUGUUUGUCUGUCUGUUUUGUUUUUGUUGUUUCAAAGGGAAGCAUCAGAGUGAGUGCCCCCCCCCACCCCUCCCUGUGCAUGAAGGUCCCUGAUGGGCUGUGUUUAUCUAUACUUACAAAGGGGACACUGUCAACUUACUUACCUUGCUGGCUUCAAGGGCAGAGAGGUUUCAGCAAUUGCUGGCAAUCCCUUCCAAAACUAUUCCAACUGGGAGAGAAGGCCUCUGGAAGAGCUGCUGUAGGUCUGUAGAGAGCAGAUCUCACUGGCAAUCACCUUCUGUACUUCUUGGAGCAGAAACAGAGUUUGCAGUCAUGCCAGCCAGCCUGGGUCAGAGAGCAAAGCACAGAUUGUAAAAGAGCUGAAAUGCUUUCCCCAACCUCUAGUUUGCCACCUCCUGAUACUGCAUUAAUAGGCAAGAAGAUGGUGGGGAGGGGAGGAUCUGCCUACAAGGUGUGUGGAUGGAGGAGAGCCACCCUGCAGAAAGCACACCUCCAGUCCCUUUGACAGUGUCCCCUUUACAUUUUUGGUAGUUCUCUGCUUUCUGUGUGCUUGAGCCCCUGCCAUUAAGCCAUCCCUGUGCUGAAGAUCUACAUCAGUGCUGAAAGGGCUACUACCUGUGUGACUUCCCAUGGUAGGGAGAGUACCCCAACUUACAAACAAAACCAAAAUCAGUAUUUAUUUGCAUCUUCUCCCGCUACCCUGCACAGCUAAUUUUCCUCCUGCCUCUGGUCUGUGAGACCAUUUUGCUCGUACUACCUAGCCCUUACCUUAUCUUAGAAACUCUGCAGGAAAACAUGAGACAGAAACAGAACUUCCUUUCCUUCACAUGGCUGCCUCUGUGUACCAACAAGGUCCCUGAGAGUCCAGGAGAGGUCAGGAAGGGUCACGGGGACCAAAAAAGUAAAGAAAAAGGGACCAUCAGUGGGUGGCAGGAUAGAUCUGGAGGGGUGUCCAUGGUAUGAGGGGUCUGGUCUCUCUCAUCAGCUGGAUAGCAAAGCAUUUGCUCUCUAAGCAAGUCAGGAGGUAGAGCUGCAGCAAAAAUACAUUUUCCCCUGUUCUGGGGGAUAAUUCCAGACUCCCAUCAGCAGCCAGGUGAGGGGCAGUGAGGCUGUGCUGUGCAGAGUACCAAACACUACUGUUGGAAUGCAGGGUGCUUGUUGGAAUGGUCAAUAAAUGCUUUCUCAUCUUACCUAGCCAGGUAGAUUAGGUGACACGUGAGGCCCU